AUGGCGAAAAAGAGAAAAGCCAGUGGAACAGGCGGUCGCAAUGCCGGUGCCCGCCAAAACCCAACUACCCACCCAGAAGACCAUUUCAACGACUCCGAAGACGAAUUCUUCACUGGUCGUGACAAGAUCCUGCUCGAUGAGGAACCCACCGCUAAGCGACGCCGCAGACUCCAAGAACAGGAGGCUGAGUUGCAACCCUCCGACGAGGAGGUGUUUCAAGACGCUGCAUCGGACAAUGAGUCAAUCGACGACCAACAGAGUGACCUUGAGAAUGCGGAAGGUGCUGGGCCAGAUGCAGAGGACGGCGAGCAAGACGAUGGCUACUGGGGCACGUCAAGAGGAGACUAUUACAAUGCGGAUGUCAUCGAGACCGAAGCCGAUGCUCUUGAAGAGGAGGCUGAGGCUAAAAGACUGCAGCAGAAACAGUUGCAGGCUAUGACCGACGCGGACUUUGGUUUUGAUGAGGCCACCUGGGCGGAUGAUGCUAAGGACACAACCAAGACACAGAGACCGGCCGUGGAGAAACUGCCCGAUUUCACUGUUCCGGAGGAUGCAACGACAGAGGAGCGUAGGCAGAUCCUGCGGACGCGAUACCCAGAAUUCGAGUUCUUGGCCAAUGAACUCGUGGAGCUGCAAAGUAUCUGCACUGUUCUUGAAAAGGACCGCGAUCUUGUCACCGAUAGUGACACCGACACCAGCGUUGUCUACGCAAAGAUCACCGCUAUAAUGCUUUAUAUGGGAGCCAUCAUGUCAUACAUGGCUAUAAUGACCUCGCCCUCUAAAUCAGGUAUGGCCAUGAAUCCGGCGGAACUACACGAGCACCCUGUCAUGAAAUACGUGUUGAAAGGCCGCGAGCUGUGGAAUGCGGUCAAGAACCUCGAAGUCGGUCACGAUGAUGAAUCUGAGUCACAGGACGAAGCAGCACAAUCCAUAUCUGACUCUCAACCUGAAUAUGGCUAUGGAUCUGAUUUGGAAUCAGCUGUUGUAGAGAAGAUGUCCGGUUCUAGACGUGAACCUUCAAAUCCUAUCUCGAAAAAGCCUGCAACCAAGAAGAGGGCACAACCAUCCGCAUCAUCGAGUCCCGAACCCAACACAUCUCACCACACAACCACCAAAACCAAGAACUCUCGAAAGAAGAAACGCAACGAUCUACAAACUCUACUCGACGCCUCACUGCAGCAGGCUGUUGAGGAAUCGGAUUUCGGAGACGAGGCGCCAUUGACACAAGCCGAGGCAGAGGAGAAGGCCAGAAAGAAGAGGAGUCUUCGGUUCUACACUUCCCAGAUCGCACAGAAGGCCAAUAAACGCGGUGCGGCAUCUCGCCACGCAGGAGGGGAUGACGACAUUCCACACAAAGAACGCAUUCGAGACAGGCAAGACCGUUUGAUGCGGGAGGCCGAGCAGCGCGGAAAAUCAGGCGCUCACGAUCUCGAGGCACUCGACACCGACGACGAGGAUAUGAACGUAGUUCGCCAGAACCAUGAGGAGUCGAACGACUAUUAUGCCUCGCUCAUAACAAGCUCGAAACAAAAGAAGGCAGACAAGAAAAUGAAAGCCGAUGCCUACGCCGAGGCUGCCAGACUCGGGGCACAGGUGUACGAAGAAGAGCAAGUCGGAGCCGAUGGCAAACGCAAGAUCACCUAUGCGAUUGAGAAGAACAAGGGUCUGGCGCCGAAGAGGAAAAAGGAUGUCCGCAAUCCAAGAGUCAAGAAGCGGAAGAAGUACGAUGAGAAAAUGAAGAAGUUGAGCUCCAUCCGACAGGUCUAUAAGGGUGGUGAGGGGAGAGGUGGCUAUGGUGGUGAGGCUACGGGCAUCAAGACUAAUUUGGUCAAGAGUACUAAGCUGUAG